UGUUCUUUCCUUUUGGCAGAGUAAUCAGUGCGAGCUGAGCUCUUUCCCUGAAUGAAUCCAAGUAGCCCCAGUGAUUGCCUUCUGAAAUGACCAGCAGACACACAUCUGUCCAGAGGCUGUCCAGAGUAUAAAUUCUGGUUCUAAAGUACCAUGUCCAGCCAAGGAAGUCCUGGUGUGGAGUUUUCUACGACGACAGUUAGUUCAGUAGCUGUUCAGGCUGGGGACUCCAAAGUCGUGAUAGCUGUCAUAAAGUGUGGCAAGUGGGUGCAACUUCAGUUGGCUGAAUCACAGCCCAAUCUUCUAGAAAUUGGUAGCAGUCAAGAUGAGACCAAAAAACUUCUUCAUGAUCAUGAACUUCUUUUGGCCAAGCUCAAGGCUUUGGAAGAUCAGGUAUGGGAACUCUUGCAGGAAGCAGACAAGACAGCUGAAGAGAACAAGGAUCAGAGUCAGGUCUAUGAUGCCAUGGCCAACACCUUGGGUGAAGCAUGGGCAGCCCUUGUCUCCAUGCUUGAAAGAAGAAGGGAGCUCCUGAGGUUGAGCUCUGAAUUUUUUGAAAAUGCCUUGGAGUUUGCUAUUAAAAUAGACCAAGCUGAAGAUUUCCUCCAGAACACCCAGGAGUUUGAGAGUGCUGAGUCCUUAAAAUCACUUCUUCAGCUUCACGAACAUCAUACCAAAGAACUCUUAGAACGAUCUCUAACCCUUUUAAACAAAAGUCAACAGCUCACUGACUUCAUAGAAAAAUUUAAGUGUGAUGGACCUAAUGUGAAUCCUGAGUUGAUUCAGGGAGCUCAUAACAGCUGUCUGAAGAUUGACAGUCUUCUUGAACUUCUACAAGAUAGGAGACGGCAACUUGACAAGGACCUGAAGCAACAGCAGCAAGAAUUGGGUCAGGUUCUGCAGAUAUGUCAGUGGGACCAGCAAGAAAAUCAGGUUACUUGUUGGUUUCAGAAAACCAUAAGAGAUUUACAGGAACAAAGUCUAGGUUCAUCACUUUCAGACAAUGAGGAGCUAAUAUGUAAGCAUGAGGAAUUGAUAAUAAAAGCGAAGGAAUGGAAUUCUGCUGUUGAGAAGCUGGAGAGUGAUGCACUUGGGAUUCUGCUGUCUAAGGGCUACGUGGAGAAAGAGCAUCUACAGCUCUCUAACCAGAAACUGCAUCAGCUUCAAGGAGAAUGUGAUCGGCUCAUGGUGGAAAGGAAAACUUGGUUAAAAAAGGCAAAUGUUUUUUUUAACAGCGCUAAUAAGGCAUUUGAUGUACUUGGGAGAGUUGAAGCUUACCUUAAGCUCCUUAAAUCAGAGGGUUUAAGUCUGCCUGUCUUGGCAGCGAGGCAUGAGGAAUUACACAGAGAAAUUAAAGACUGCACAGCUGAUGCUUUGCAAAAGGGACAAGCCUUAAUCAGCCAAGUAGACUCCUGUAGCUCUCUGGUAACUGGAGUCCACGAGAUGAUGGGAUGCAUUCGGAGGCGAGUGGACCAACUGACCCAACAGUGUUCAGCGCACAAAGAAUUUGCUCUUAAGAAACAGCAAUUAACUGCCUUGGUGGAGGACCACCUCAAGAAGGUGGAAAUGUCAAUUCAGAAAAUCAGUCCAGUACUUUCCAGUGCAAUGGAUGUUGGUUCCAGCCUUUCUGAAUCAGGGAAGAUUUUGAGUAAAUACUUGGAACUAGAUAUGGAAACUAAGGAGACAGCACAUGAAUUAGAAGCAGCUGCAAAACUUAUGACAGAGAAAAAUGAAUUUGAACCUGACGAAGUGGCAUUGCUUUCUUCUAAAGCUGAAUGGCUAGAGGAAGAAUUAAAAAUACUUGGCCAAAGCAUCGGCUCCAGGUCACAAGUCCUGCAAACUUAUGUGGCAUUUCUGAAGUCCUCAGAAGAGGUACAGGAGCAGUGUCAGAGCCUAAAGGAGUUUUACCAAACUGAAAUCCUGCAAAAGCAAGAGGAUGAUGCUGAAGCCAAGCAUCGGUCUGACUCAGCUGAGAAGCAAUGGCAGCUAUUUUUGAAGAGGAGUUUUUUAACUCAAGACCUAGGGCUUGAGUGCCUUAAUUUAAUAAAUAUGGCAAAAAGGAAUGAAAUAUUAAAUGCGAAAAGUGAAGUGCACUUUAUGGAGAACACUAUGGAAAGCCAGAAGGCAGAAAGAGAAGAACUCAGCCACCUUCGGAUGACAUGGCAACUUAAAGCCAUUGCAAGCAAGCCUGUGAAACAGCAGUGGGGAGCAUUCAAAGAACAACUUAGAAAGACUACUUACAACUUGCAACUUCUUCAGGAAGCACUUAUGCCUGUGUCUGCUCUUGACCUUGGAGGGAGCCUCCAGACCAUUUUAGGUCUACAGAAAAAAUGGAACGAAAUGAAGCCUCAGCUCCAGCAACUGAAUGAUGAAGUUCAGUACAUUAUAAAAGAAUCAGAAGAGUUAAGUGGCAAAGGAGCCCCUAUGAAAGAGAAGUCUCAACAACUGAAGGAGCUUAUUCAUCUCCAUCAAACACAGAAAGAGAGAAUCCGAGAUUACGAGGAUAUCCUGUACAAGGUGGUCCAAUUCCACCAAGUCAAGGAAAAGCUGGGUCAUCUCAACAAAUCAAGGGAAAUGGAGUUUUUAGAAGAGCCAAAGGAUCUGGAUGAUGCCCACGAAGCCCAGGUUCACCUCAGUCACUUGCAGGAAAAGCAGGCACAUAUUGAUCAUCUCCAUAAACUGGCCCUUUCCCUGGGAGUGGAUGUCAUCUCAUCAGUGCAACGGCCUAACUGCUCUAACAUUUCUGCAAAGAACCUGCAGCAGCAGCUAGACAUCCUUGAGAGGGACCGUGUGAACUGGCGUGCCAAAGCCCAGGAGUGUGAACAGACCCUGACCCGCAGCUUGGAGUACUGCACCACAAGGGACAAGAUAAACGAGCUCAAAGAAUCAUUCAAAGAUAUCAAAAAGAAAUUCAACAAUUUAAAGUUUAAUUACACCAAGAAAAAUGAAAAAGCUCGGAACCUGAAGGCUCUUAAAUAUCAAAUUCAACAAGUUGAUGUGCAUGCUGAAAAAAUACAGGCUUUGAAAAAGAAAAUGGAAAAAGUUGAGAAUAAAACUUCUGGUUCUUUCUUAAAUUAUCCAAAUAAUAAAGUUAAUGUUCUUUUGGAAGCGAUGAAGGAUUUGCAAAAACAUGUGGAUGAGUUUGACAAAGUUGUGACAGAUUACAAGGUGAAUUUGGACCUGACGGAACACCUCCAGGAGAUGAUAGAAGAGUGUCACUUUUGGUGUGAAGAUGCAAGCGCCACAGUUGUAAGAGUUGGACAAUAUUCCACAGAGUGCAAGACAAAGGAAGCUGUGGAAAUUCUCCACCAGCAGUUCAAUAAGUAUAUCGUGCCCUCAGUGCCUCAGCAAGAAGAAAGAAUUCAGGGUAUCAGUGACCUGGCUCAGCGCUUAUAUGGUUUUGAAGAAGGGCAGAAAUAUGCUGAGAAAAUAGUAGCAAAACACAAAGAGGUUCUUGAAUCUAUCACUGAAUUAUGUGUCUCUCUCACAGAGCUUGAAGAAAAGCUGAAGCAGGGAGACAUUUUAAAGACAAAUGUAAAUUUGGAAGACUUCCAUGAUGACUUCAUCGACCUGCUAAAAGAACCAGCAAGAAAUAAGCAGACAGUAUUCAAUGAAGAAAGGAAUAAGGCACAGGUAGCAGGUGUUUGGGCCAUCAGUGGAACAGGAGAGGGUCAGCGCCCCCCGCACCUGAAGCAGCCACCCUGUGACAGAGAGGGUGCUGUCCAAGGCCGGCUCCUGCCUGCAGACAUACUUUCAGGAGAAGAAUACGAAUGCGUCUCACCUGAUGACCUCUCCUUGCCUCCACUCUCGGGAAGCCCCGAUUCCCCCCUUGCCGCGGCCGCCGUGGACGUGGAGCAGCAUGCCAGCCCUGCCCUCAGCCUUCACACAAGCAGCUACAGGAUGCAGACCGGGGCCAGCAGUGCAGGGGAGGCCCAGGAAUCGGGCAUGCCACCACCUGCUGCUUUGGCUGAUGCUUACAGUGAUAACAGAGAAACCUUUUCAAGUCAUUUUGAGAGGCCUUACCCCCAGUCCAAAGCUGAGCUCCCAUUAACCUCCCGAGGAUUUCUGGAAAAAAGUACUGCCUUCUGCAAAAUCAGUGCUAAACAUCCAGAGAGCAUGCCGAGUGAAGUGCAUGAGAGAGCUUCACAGCAGCACCCUCAGGCUCAGGGAAGUUUGCUAGAAACACAGGAGAAAGUGCAUGUUGAUAAUAACAUCACUAAAACCCGAGACAGGCUGCAUGCUUCCCAGGAUGCAUUCUCAGGCCUUGGGUUUCGAUCAGGCCCCAGCCGGGCCUAUCAGAGGCAGAUGGUCCCCCAAGAGGAGAUUAAAUGUACAUCAGCAAAGAACACGGUGGUCAGCCUCGCUGGCCAGGCUCCUAAUUUCUCCAGGCUCCUGUCUAAUGUAACUGUCAUGGAAGGUUCUCCAGUGACUUUGGAAGUUGAAGUAACAGGAUUUCCAGAGCCUACACUGACAUGGUGGGUAGCUUAUAAUGACAAGUCAUAAACGCAUUGAAUGACUGAGCAAAUCAUUCUAUGUGCACUAACUUAAAGGUGUAGGGAUAGCUUAUUAAUAUUCUGUAACACUGCAACUGUGCAUGAUUCAACCUCACACCAACCCCCAGUUCUCCCUGUAGGCACAACAUGGCUAAUACCCAGAAGAAGCAAAAGGAACCACAUAAAAUAAUAACUUACCCAACUCCAAAAGCACUGCAACUUAACUGCACUCUUUUGUGGGGUUUUUUGUUUUGUUUUAUUUUUCCUAUUAGUUUAACAUUCCACAUUUCUGAAGAUUUUGGGUUGAAAUUGUUUCCUAUUGCUUAUUUCUGCAUAAGCAUGACAUUUCUUAGCUUAAUAUCCCGUAUUCGAUUAAAAAACAUAAGAAUUUGGGUUUUCCCCUUUUCUUUCAUUUACCCAUUUCAUCUUCUCCCUCUUCCUAACAGAGUCACACAUCACUUUUGUAAUAUUUGUUUGUUUCACUAAGAUUUCUUUCUAUAAAUUUCUUCAGUGUGAAAGAUGGAAUAAAAAUAUUUCUUUCACAGUUGCUCCCAGUGACAGGUAAUAAACCCAUUUUUGAAAGGUGGUGUAAUAACUGAGCUGUGAACAAUAGGAUUUCCCUCUGGAGACAUCAUUAUUUUUUAGCAUAUUUGUUUUAAUAGAAAGUAAACUGCAGAAUACAGGUUUUGAAUCACUGUUAUUUUAAAAGUAGUUCUCACUUUCUUACUACGUGGGUUGCUUCUAAACAUUUAGAAAUUUUUCAUCUGUAAGUAGAUUUAUCUGAGGACAAAGUUACAAAUUUGUGAGACUGAGUUCAUACUCAUAAACUAAGAUAAGUAAAACAGCAUUUACUUAUCAUAGUAUUUCAGUAGACAUUACAUUAACAAUUUCAACUAUUAUGCGUGCCCACUGAUGAUACUUGAAGUGUGAGUUGCUUAUCUAAAGAAUCUAUGAGAAAACUCUGGUCUCUCAGAUGAUGAAAAGAGACUACACUUGUGAUACAGUGCAGCCAUUCAUGCUUUUGUCUUAUUGUUUUUAAAAUUGCAUGUUUUUUUAAUA